AUCACGUGAAUGUGUGGUCAGUCGUGGGUCAGCAGUAAAGUUUACCUCUGUGGCGAAAGGUCAUUUAGAGACGACUUUGGCAACCACAAGUCGAAUUUGGAUCGACGCUCAUUACAUGAGGGACAAACUGGGUUGCAGAGAUCGUCGUUAAGAUCCUACGAGCCGCGGGAAAGACGAAGGAAAGCGUGGACAGCCUGUCCUUCGGGCCCAUGGAGAUGACACGACCGACCGCCACCCAGCCGGGCUACGUCGCGCUCCUAGACAUGCCCUCCCCCCGCCUGGUGGUAACACACCUGCCGAUUCAGUUUGCACCGAAAGGGGUAUCCAAGCCACAGAAUAAGGUGAAAGUCCUGGUGCCGAUGAGAAACCCGAAGGACACGGCCGUGUCGAUGUACCAUUUCCGUGCGAAAAUGUUGAAACUGGCGGGUGCGAACGCAGAGCUGCCUUGGGAGAAGUUUGCUCAGGACUUCUUAAACGGAACAGUGCCAUUUGGAGACUACUGUGACCACUUGUUAGGCUGGUGGCAGAUGCGUGAUGAUCCCCACUUCCUCUUCCUUAAAUAUGAGGACAUGAAAAAGGAUCUGCUGAGUGCUGUAAAGAAAAUCGUUGCAUUUCUGGAGGUUGACCUGGAUGAAUCGACCGUAAAAGACAUCGCAGAGGCCAGCACUUUUAACAACAUGAAACCAGACCUGGACAGUUCCAGUAUGGCGGAGAGGAGGAAUAUUGCCAGGAAAGGAAUCAUUGGAGACUGGAAGAACACUUUCUCUUCAGAGGAGAGCGCGGCUUUCGACGCCUGGUAUGAGAAGAAACUCACUGGUACAGGACUCACAUUCGACUUCGAAUAAACUCACGUUUAUCAUACUAAAAUAAUUGUUUCAACAUUUCUAACAAUUUAUAGUGGUGACGCACUAUGUAUUAUGACGAACGUUGUGCCCUUGUAAUUGGGAAAGGCACUUAACAUGACUGUUCUCACUCC